CCUUUUAGAAUUAUUUAAUUAACACGGUGUUUUUUGGUGGUUGAUAAAAGGUGACGUGUGUGUGUGGGUUUUUAGGAUUGUUUGAAAACCACAAUCCAGCCCUUUGAACGCACGCAGCUUCGGUGCACCUGCGAUAGCCAAGUAGUGCACUCGUCACGUAGAGGGUGGUGCGCAAUAAUUUAGCAAGUAAUCGUGCACAUCGUACUGAAUUCAAUAAUUGAAUUUAAAUUGCUACAGCGAGAACGAAAAAACACUGGCUCAAAUGGACGGCAAUAAAGACGAAGCUCAUCGCUGUAUAGAUAUAGCUGUACAAGCAUUUGCGGAGGGUAAAAUCGAGAAAGCUGAAAAAUUUGUGCUAAAAGCCGAGAAAUUGUUUCCAACUGCACGGGCCAAGGAGUUACUGGCUAAAGUGAAGUCAGGCACAACUACAGGUGCGGGCAAAACGAGCAACAGUACAGGUGGCAACGGCACGGCCCACCGUGAGACCACUGCUACUGAUGGUCCACGUAAGCGCAAGAACUCUGACUCUCGUCAUGCAGAGCCGGAGUAUACGAAGGAGCAACUUGAGGCCGUACGUAAGGUUAAAGGUUGUCGCGAUUACUACGAAAUUUUAAGCGUUACCAAAGAAUCCACUGAUUCGGAAAUUAAGAAAUCCUACAAGAAAUUGGCAUUACUGUUGCAUCCUGACAAAAAUAAAGCACCUGGCGCUUCGGACGCCUUCAAAGCUGUGGGAAACGCUGCUGCUAUUCUCACGGAUGCUGAGAAACGUAAGCAAUACGAUCUAUAUGGCUUAAAUGAGACACACAGCAGUGGACACGGUGUUCGCAGAGACAAUUACGAGUAUGCAUACGCACGCGGUUUCCAAGCCGAAGUUAGUCCUGAAGAUUUAUUCAAUAUGUUCUUUGGCGGUGGCUUUGCCCAGCAAAAUGUAUACAUGCGUCAACAAAGGCGUCGACAACAGCAUCGUGAUGAUGGCGAACAUCAAUCGAACUCUUCGGCGCUUAUAAACUUUUUGCCCAUACUACUUUUGAUUGGUUUAUCGAUGAUAUCCUCGUUCUUCAUAUCGGAUCCGAUUUACAGCUUAACGCCAUCACAUAAAUAUGCUGUAAAACGUGAAACAAAUCGCUUAAAAGUUCCGUACUAUGUGAAGAAUAAUUUCCACUCCGAAUAUCAAGGAUCCGUUGGACGUUUAGAAGAGUCAGUGGAGGAGGACUUUAUAGACCAUCUGAAGUAUUCUUGCAGCCGCGAGCGUAACUACCGUGAUUCUAUGUUGGCAAAAGCUCGCUCGUUUGGUGAUCGCGAACUUUUCCGUAAAGCACAAAAUAUAAAUAUGCCUUCGUGUGACAACCUACAGAAUUAUUUGAAUACGUAGUUUAUUCUAAAAUAAGUAAAUUUGUUUGUUGUCUUCGUUAUUGUGUUUUUAAUACAUUACAUUUAUUUACAUAUAAUUUAAAAUCUUAGUAGGAAAAAAAUGGAAAUCGACAAAAUAUGUACGUGCGUUCCUAAUUGAGAAUUUUAGCUAAAGUAACUUCCGAGGAUAACGACCGGGUAAAACAAAAAUUUAAACUUAUGAGCGUGUGUAUGUUAAUCUAACGCUGUUUUGAUUAUCUUAUAGCUAUUUUUCAAAGAAGUUUUGGAAUAGAAUCAAAUUACCUUACAUAACAUGCAUAUUUAGAUUAACAAAAAUAUAAACGCUGCUUUAUUUAAGAUCAGAUAGUUUGGCAAUAAAUGCAAUAGUCGAUA